GGCAGCUUCAUGGGGCCCACUGCUUCGCGAUCCAUGUGGGCCUAUCCAUCCGCCAAACGCCAGAAGUGUGCUGCAGUAGGUUGCAACUUUCAAGUCACGUGGCAUGCGACGCAUUGCUGCAGCGCCUGUGCCAGUGGCGCCCCUCAUGGGCCGCGCUGUGAAAAGCUAGAGAUGCCCAAGCGCUGUGCCACCGAGGGCUGUGCGUUUGAAGCCACAUGGCAUCCACAGUAUUGCUGCCAUGCCUGUGCCGACGGGAAAGGUCAUGGAGGCAAGUGCGAACAGCGCCUCGCAAGUGCAGACGAAACAGCGACGGGCGGGAUCGACAGAUCAAGGUUCUAUUUGCCUGGCCGCCAACUGCUAGCAGAAUGCAAACCCAAUGUGGAUCGGGUCACCUUCACGAAUCUUCAGUUUGCCGAGGCGCAAGUUUGGGGCGUCUCGGUGCCGCUGUGUUUGGAUCUGCUGUUGCCAUCUGCGGAGCCCCGCAGCUUUCCGUGUGUCAUCUUUUGUCAUGGCGGCAGCUGGCAGCGUGGCAACCACAAACAUUUCCUUCACAGUCAGUGGCGUGACUUUCUUCUCUCCUUGGGCUGGGCCGUCGCGUCCACGCAGUAUCGCUUCCUGCAGGAAGCCAAGCUUCCUGCCUGUGAGGCGGACCUCCGUUGCGCCGUACGCAUGUUGCGCCAGCACGCCCAUGACUUUCGCUUGAAGCCGGACAUGCUGGUGGCCAUGGGGCAUUCUGCAGGGGGUCACUUGGUGUCCUUGCUGCCAGCAGCGGAUGUGGCCCUGGAUGGAGAUAUGAGGCAUCUGGCGCCAGAGGUUUCCUGUCGCCCGGAUGCCUUGAUUUGCUUCGCGCCUGCGCUCAAAGGGCCACGCAAACAGAUAGGCGCCUUUGAUGUGGUGAAUCACAGCUGGCCUCCCAGCCUUGUGCUGCAUGGCACGAAAGAUCACCUGCUGGAUGCGGAAACUUCGCAGGAGUUCGUGGAGAAGCUACAGUCUCUGGAGGUUCCUGCCCAAAUGGUCUUGCUUGAAGGCCACGGUCAUGAAGUGAACCCCCCACCACCUGAAGCCUUGGCAGCAGUCAGAGACUUUCUGCUACAACAAAAUGGCUGAAAAAAGGUGCGAAGAGUUGACGAUUUGGACAACGAUAGGGAGUAUGUUACAGCUUGG